AUGGUCCUCAUCGAGUCGCCGUAUCUCUCGGAAUCAUCCAGGACAUUGCGCACCAGCAAAGUAUCUUCCAACGCGUACAUCCUCUCCAUUUCCUCUUUGCCCGGGUAUUAUGCCGCCUCCACCUCAGCACCUUCAAAUGUCAUCGAGAUAUUCGAUAAAUCCACUUUGCAGAGAAUACAAUCCCUCCCAGGCCAUGAAUCAGCUACAACCUCCCUAUGCGCCAUCAACACCAUCGCAGGCAUCUCCAAAAAAUCACUCAUAUCGUCCGGAAAAGACGGGAGCGUCAAAGUAUGGGACGAUCGCUCAAAUUCGCACAGCAUAAAAAUGACGAACCCCGGUAAACCACAUGCGCUUUUAUGCUGCGCGGUUUCGCCGGACGGGUACACCGUCGCAGCUGGUACGGACCUCCAAUCCGACGACGCACUCAUCCUAUACUGGGACCCUCGCCAACCCGCAACGCCCCUGCGCACACACGGGUCAACGCAUUCGGACGAUAUAACCGCGCUUGAAUUCAACGAGUCCGGUACCCUCAUCCUCUCAGCCUCCUCGGACGGGUUAGUGAGCACGUCCAACCCAAACGAAGACGACGAGGACGAAGCGGUGGUUGGGGUAGGUAAUUGGGGAUGUAGCGUGUCGCAGGCGGGUUGGAUUACGACGAGGAGAGAUGGGAGUGGGGAAGCGGCGAUUUGGGCUGCGAGCGAUAUGGAGACGUUUAGUACUUGGUCGGAAGAGCUUGACCGGCUGAUGAGUGUGGAUAUUAGGGAACCGUCGGUCCAUACCCAGCAGAGAACGUGGGUGACGGAUUAUUUGGUUACGUGUGAUGCUAAGAGGGGGGUGUUGAACGUCUUCACUGGAUCUAAUGAGGGAGACAUCGCGCUACUUACAAACUCCAAUCCUUCAGUAAACGAUGCGCCUUGGACGUUGCAUAACCUAUGGACGGCAGGCCACGUUGGGGUUGUGCGGUCUCUGUUGUAUGACGAGGAAGAAAACGUCCUGGUCACUGGAGGAGAGGACGGCAAACUGAACGUGUGGCCCUGGCCUUCUUCUUUUGUCGCCGACGGACGCGAUGAAAAUAUGGACGUGGACGUUCCUGCGCCUUCACCUCCACCCGUUUUUUCUCCGCCGAAAAAACGGAGAGAAAGGAAUGUGUCUCCGUCUAGCGGAGGAGACGGGAGGGGUGAUUCGGAGGAUUAUUUGAAUGGGGAGGAGGGAGUCAAGAGGGCUAGAAGAUGA